CAGUUGACAAAGGAUGAAGGUGCUGAGCUUCCUUUGGCUUCAACGGUUCUUUCUCGACAAAUCUACAUUGAUAAUUGUCUUUUUGGAGCUGAUUCCAGAGAAGAAAUUCUAAAAAUUCGUGAGGAGAUGAAAACUCUUCUCAAUAGGGGAAAAUUCCAACUACGUAAAUGGGCAAGCAAUUCAGCGUCUCUGAAUGAAGAUAUUGAUGCUACUGAUCAUGGACUUGCAAUUGAGAAACCGUUUAGAGAGGAUGAUUCGUUAAAAAUACUUGGAAUCCUGUGGGUCCCUGCUCAAGAUACCUAUCGGUAUCACAUUCAACCAUUUGAGAAUUCAAUAGUAACUAAGCGAUCUGUCUUGUCCGUGAUCGCUCGCCUUUAUGAUCCUCUGGGAUGGGUUUCCCCAGUUAUAAUAGUUGCAAAAGUGUUUAUGCAAAAAUUGUGGAUGAAUUCGGUCAGUUGGUAUGAAACUCUUCCCCAGGAGUUGAGUGAUGUUUGGCAGUCUUAUUGUGAGGAACUUCUCAUUUUGAGGCAAUGUUCAAUACCUCGCUGGACUGGACAGGGAUUUGAAGUUAUGUGUUCUACUAUUCAAGGAUUUUCGGAUGCAUCAAACACUGCUUACGCGGCUGUUGUUUACCUCCGUUUGGUGCUUCCUUCGGGAGAGAUACAGAUUACGUUGCUAUCAAGCAAAACCAAGGUCGCUCCUCUAAAGACGUUGUCAAUCCCUCGAUUGGAGUUGUCCGGUGCUCUUCUGCUCACGCAAUUAGUGUCAGUAAUUAGAUCUAAUCCAGAGUUUAGGACUCUGAAUGCACUGUUUUGGACGGACUCCACUAUAGUGCUUGCUUGGUUGAAAAAGCAUCCUUCUUCGUGGUCAAUCUUCCUAGAAAAUCGCGUUGCGUCAAUUCAGUCAGUUGCUCCUAUAGAAUCGUGGGGUCAUGUGAGUUCUGAGGACAAUCCUGCGGAUUUGGCUUCACGCGGUGCGAAGCCAUCCGAACUCAUGGAGAACAAACUUUGGUGGAAAGGUCCUUGGUGGUUAAGCCAGUCUAGAAAUUUGUGGCCUGAUUCUCAGACCCUCUUUGAUUCAGAUACGACUGAGGAGGUUCGAGAGAAUGCUCAUUGCGUCACCGAAGUAAGAUGCACCUGGUUUGAUAGGCUGACUUCAAGAGUUUCUUCUUGGUUGAAACUUCUGAAAAUUGUUGCGUAUGUUUUAAAGUUCCUAGCGCUUCGAAGACUCUCAAACAGGAAAAAGCAGGAUUCGGAAAGUGAUUCUUCACUUUCCGAAUAUUGUUCGGAGGCGGAAGGGGUUUGCGUUCGGCUGGUUCAUGGAC